AUGUCAACCAUGAUAGACCAAUAUGAAGGUGCUAUAGGAAUUGACUUAGGGACUACCUAUUCGUGCGUUGCUGUGUGGGAAAAUGAACGCGUGGAAAUUAUUGCUAAUGAACAAGGGAACCGUACGACGCCUUCAUAUGUUGCCUUUGCUGAAUCUGAACGUCUUAUUGGAGACGCUGCUAAAAACCAGGCGGCUAUGAAUCCUAAGAAUACAGUAUUUGACGCGAAACGUUUAAUAGGUCGACGUUUUGAUGAUCCGGAAGUAAAAUCCGAUAUCAAACAUUGGCCUUUUACUGUUAUUGAAAAAGAUGGUGCUCCUUUGAUUCAAGUUGAAUAUCAAGGCGAGACGAAAAACUUUACCCCACAAGAAAUAUCAUCAAUGGUAUUAACUCGUAUGAAGGAAAUUGCUGAAGGAAAGCUAGGGAAAAAGGUUAAGAAAGCUGUUAUUACUGUUCCAGCUUAUUUCAAUGAUUCUCAACGUCUUGCCACCAAGGAUGCCGGGAAAAUUUCAGGGUUAGAUGUCCUUCGAAUUAUAAAUGAGCCAACUGCUGCAGCUAUUGCUUAUGGACUAGAUUCUAAAGAAACAAAAGAAAAGAAUGUUUUGAUUUUUGAUUUAGGUGGUGGUACUUUUGAUGUAUCUCUUUUGAAUAUAUCUGGUGGAGUUUUUGCUGUCAAAGCAACCGCAGGAGAUACUCAUUUGGGUGGUGAAGAUUUUGAUAAUAAUCUCCUUGAAUACUUUAAACAGGAAUUUAAGCGUAAACAUAAGAGCGAUAUGUCGGGGGAUGCACGUGCUAUACGUCGUUUGAGAACUGCUUGUGAAAGAGCAAAACGUACUUUAUCUUCACUUACUCAAACCGCUGUUGAAGUUGAUUCACUAUAUGAUGGGAUUGAUUUUCAAGCCAAUAUUACUCGUGCUAGAUUUGAGGAAUUAAAUUCUACUCAAUUCAGUUCUACUUUAGAGCCUGUUCGAAAAGUUUUGAAAGAUGCAAAAAUGGAAAAGAAAGAUAUAAAUGAAAUAGUUCUUGUAGGUGGUUCUACUCGUAUUCCAAAAAUAAUGUCAUUACUUCAAGAUUUUUUUGAUGGAAAAGAAUUGAAUAAAUCAAUCAAUCCGGAUGAAGCUGUUGCUUACGGAGCCGCUGUACAAGCUGCUCUUUUAACAAAUCAAGCUGGUAACGAAAAAACCCAAGACCUCUUACUCUUAGAUGUGGUACCACUUAGUUUAGGUGUCGAGACUCAAGGUGGAGUUAUGGCAGUAGUUGUACCUCGAAAUACACCUAUUCCAACUAUAAAGAAAAAAAUUUUUACAACAGCAGAAGAUGGUCAAACUAUCGUCGAAUUUCCUGUUUAUGAAGGAGAAAGACCAAUGUGUCAUGAUAAUAAUUUAUUAGGAUCUUUUGAAUUAUCAGGAAUACCUCCAAUGCCUCGUGGAGAAGCUGAACUUGAGUGUACCUUUGAUAUUAAUGCUGAUGGUAUUCUUAAAGUCACAGCAAAGGAUAAAGCAACUGGACGUAAAGCUAAUAUUACAAUUUCAAAUUCGGCUGGUCGAUUAUCAGCCGCUGAUAUUGAACGUAUGGUUGCGGAAUCAGAAAAAUUCAAAGAGGAAGAUCAAAAGAGUCAAGAACGUGUAGAAGCUAAGCAAGAACUCGAGAAUUAUGUUUAUCAAAUUGAUAACACUCUUAAUGAACCAAGUGUCGCGCUGAAAUUGAAACGUAAUGAUAAAGAAUCUAUUGAGAAUGCACUUGCAGAGGCACAUGAAUUUCUUGAUCUCGCCAAUGAUUCGGCAAUCAGUAAGGAAGAUAUCAAUGCUACAAAAAAGAAAUUACAACGUAGCGUUACUCGCGCAUUCGCUUCACUUAAUCGUUAA